CCGCGAUCCGUACCUCGGCUCCUUACCGCUUAAGAAAUACAAAUACGUCAAACUCGGCUCCUACAGCUUUUCGAGCGAGAAUGGCGAAGCGGACAAGGCAUCUAUCCCAACCCUGGAAGAGCAUGCUAAUAUGCUAAUAUUGCGUUGAUGCUCAAUUCCCUCGUUGCCAGUUAGAUUAUUACUUUGCCAGUCUCGACUCUCCAAGCACCUAACCAUGUCCGACACCGCGAAACAAAGGAUCCAGGCCCUGGGAAACCAGAUCUCCGCGUCUUCGUCGUCGUCGUCGUCCUCUUCCUCCCCCAAUGCACUCCCAGCAAUCAAAAAACCCGCCGGCAAAUCUGCAGGCCCCCGUGCCCAAGGAAAAGUCGUCAUAAUUACAGGAACAAACUCCGUGCUAGGAAUUGGCCGGGCGAGCGCUCACCAGUUUGCCGAGAACGGUGCUAAAGCCGUGUAUAUCUGCGACUUCGACGACAAGUAUCUAGCGGCGCACAAGCGCGAGAUCGAGACCUUAUACCCCGGCGUCGACGUCCACGCGCGCAAGUUUGACGCCGCGGAUGAGGCGGCUGUUAAGGAAGUCGUGGAUCAUGCGAUAAAGACGUACGGUAGGCUGGACGUAUUCUUCGCGAACGCGGGCGUUGUUGGUCGAUAUGCGCUAUUCUCGGAUGUUAGUAAGGAUGAAUUCAUGCGCGUCUUCGAUACCAACGUAGCUAGCGUAUUCCUCGCUGCCAAGUACGCCGCGCCCGCCAUGCAGAAGACCUCGCCCUCGAAGCCGGUCCCAUCGGGAAGUAUUAUCGGCACGGCGUCAGUGGCUGGACUGCGGUCUAAUGCGGGCACGACACCUUACGCAGCGUCCAAGGCGGCCGUAAUCUCGCUAGCCCAGACCAUCGCCUACCAAUUAGCUGGCACGGGUAUCCGCGUCAACGCUAUAUGCCCCGGGCUGAUCGAGACGGGGAUGACGAGUCAGACGUUCGAAGCUGCGCGAGCUCGCGGCACCGAGAAGAAGAUCGGCCAGUUGAACCCGCUGAAGCGAGGCGGUACCGCCGACGAGAUCGCCCGCGUCGCUCUCUUCCUCGGUAGUGAUGAGUCUAGCUACGUAAAUGGUCAAGCGUGGGCUGUCGACGGUGGGCUUAGUGCUGGACAUCCAUUUGUACCUGGAAAAUUGGCUUGAUAAAUGAGCAGGUAUCUUGCGUAGGCAUUUGAGAACUCAGAGAGCGAUUUUAUGCAUGCAUAUGUUCGGACAUAUUUCCUAUAGGAAUUUCGAGGCUGAAAGGGUAUCUACCGACCUAGGAUAUAGUAACGACAAAAGGAAGCUCACUAAAAUAAAAACGCAUAAAAUAUAUCUCAACCCAAAU